AUGGCUUCUUCAUCGAAAUCCAAAAAGAUUUACGACGUCUUCUUGAGUUUCAGAGGUAAGGAUGUACGUCACAACUUUGUCGGCCAUCUCUACGGAGCUUUACACCGGAUUGGAAUAUACACUUUCCGGGAUAGCGAGGAACUUAAAAAGGGAUACAAUAUAUCGAUGCUUAUGAAGGCCAUCGAAGAGUCGUGCAUCGCAAUUAUUGUUUUCUCUGAGAAUUACGCUUCGUCAGAAUGGUGCCUGACAGAGAUGGUGAAGAUUGUGGAGUGCAAGAACCAAAACAACAUCACCAUUCUACCAGUGUUUUAUAAAGUGAAUCCAAAUGAAGUGAGAGGGGGCAGAAAGAGUUAUAAGAUUGCUAUGGCUAAGCAUGAGUCCAAGUUCAGGGAAGAUUCAGAGAAAGUGAAGAAAUGGAAAGAAGCUCUCCUUGACGCCGGUAACUUGUCCGGAUGGCAUUUGAAUGAUAGAGAUGAUGAGUCAAAGAUUAUACAAGAAAUUGUGAAGGAGAUCUCGACAACUCAGCUAGGCCGAACACCUUUACAUGUUGCUGAGCAUCCGGUUGGGAUAGAUUCCAAAGUGGUUAAGCUGAAAUCGAUGUUGAACCUCGAGUCUAAAGAUGAUGUUUUCAUGGUGGGAUUAUGGGGACGGGGAGGCAUAGGAAAGACAACUUUAGGGAAAGCCAUUUAUAAUAAUAUUUUCAGACAAUUUGAAGGUUCGAGUUUUUUGGCAAAUGUUCGAGAAAAUUCAAAAGAUCGCAAUGGUUUAGUUACUUUGCAAGAAAAAUUACUAAACGAUAUAUUAUUACCUAAAGAAAGAUUAGCAGUGUCCACUAUCGAUGGGGGUAUUAAUCUAAUACAACAAAGGCUUGGUCAUAAACGAGUUCUUGUCAUCCUUGAUGAUGUGGAUCACUUGAACCAGUUACGUGCUUUAGCUGGAAAAAUCAAUUGGUUUGGCAAUGGGAGUAGGAUCCUUGUCACUACAAGAGAUAGCCAUUUGCUGACUCCUUGGAUAGAUAAGUAUCAUGUGUAUGAAGUUAAAACACUGGAUAACGGUGAAGCUCAUGAGCUGCUUAGUAAGCAUGCUUUUUCUCCGCACCACAAAUUAAAAAUAAGGGAAGAUCUAGUGGAUGGUGUUUUGGAUCAUGCUAAAGGCCUUCCUUUAGCACUUGAGGUGUUGGGUUCCUUCUUAUGUGGGAGAAGACAAGAUGAAUGGGAAAGUGUGCUAGACAACCUUUCUAGAAUUCCUAAGAAAGACAUCAAUGAUGUGCUCAAAAUAAGUUACGACGGACUAGAGUCAAAUGAGAAAGGGAUUUUUCUCCACAUUGCUUGCUUCUUUAAGGGAUGGAAGUUUUAUCAUGUUAAAAAUGUUCUCGAUAGUUGCGAUUUUAAUGCAGUAAUAGGAUUACAAAUUCUCACCGAGAGGUCCUUGAUAAGAACCAUUUCCGGAUACAUAGAAGUGCAUGACUUGAUUCAAUUGAUGGGUAAAGAUAUCGUGAACAAAGAAUCCGAUGAUCCCGAAAGACGCAGCAGAUUAUGGCUGUAUGAGGAUGUGCUAGAAGUUUUGUCACGCGACAUAUUAGUUUCGCCGUUUCUAGCGAAUUCCGACAGGUUGAAGUACAUGAAUUUGAGCAAAUGCAGCUCGCUAGUUCGUAUGCCCGACAUCUCAUGUGCUCCAAACCUCGAGGAAUUGGAUCUCUCUUGUUGCAAAAGCUUGGUCGAAGCACACGAAUCCAUUGCAAAUCAUGACAAGUUACAGUGGUUGAAUUUGUCAUUUUGCUUUGAACUUCGUAAUUUACCAAAGGAGCUCAAGUCAAAAAAUCUCCGAAGUCUUUGUCUUUUUGGCUGCACAAAGUUUGAAAGGCUCCCUGAUAUUCCACAUAAACUUGGAACCUUGAGAGCACUCAAUUUAGGUGACACUGCUAUUAAAGAACUUCCUGCGUCAAUAGAAAAUCUUGUCUCUUUGAGGAAUAUCCUUUUGAGUGGUUGCAAAAAUUUGGUGAGACUUCCAUCUAGCAUUUACAAGUUACGAAAACUUAGACAAAUGGGGGUUGCGGAUUGCCCAAAUUUAAUCGGGUUUCCAAAGCACGAGAAUGUAGCUGAUCCUUGCAUGAAAACCGUAUUUCCAAAUUUACAAGAGUUAUACAUUGGGAGAAGUUAUCUAUGCCAAGUAGACGUUACGGAGGAUCUUUCCCGUUUUCCCCCUUCGGUAACGGUGUUUUAG